GUCCCAUUACUAAUCCCCUUGAUUAUCAAGCCAUCAUUGACAUAUCUACAAGCUCCCUCUUCGAGCGGGAUAAAUAACACACUUGGAUAAGUGCCAGAAAGCUCAAACCACGGGCAAACACAUUGCAACCCCGUUUUCGACCAACAACGCCAGGAUGACCCUCAAAUACCUAAUCACAGGCGCAACCGGUGGUCUUGGAAAGGAAGUACUCAACUAUUUCAUCGCAAAUAUUCCGCGUUCUGAAUUCGCUGCUGCAUCAUCCAACGCUGCGAACAGAUCAGCCUUUGAGGACCGUGGUAUCACGUUUCGGCAUGUCAACUAUGAUGAUCCUCAAUCUCUUGAAACGGGCCUACGCGCUGUCGAGAACCUCCUUUUUGUUAGUUCAAGUGGCAUGCGUCGCGGCGAGCAGCAUGCCAGGGUUGUAGAGGCCGCGAAGAAGACUGGGGUUAAGCAUAUCUGGUAUACAUCUCUGGCCUUUGGAGGGUUUCAGGAUACAUCCAAGGCUCUAGUGAUGCAAGAUCAUCUGCUGACUGAGAAGUUGCUGAGAGAAUCCGGCCUAACAUACACCUCCAUCCGAGAAGGCGUCUACGCCGAAUGCUUCACCGUCUUCCUCGACUGGUACCCCGAACGGACUGGCACCCUUACGCUCCCCGCCGACGGAAGUGUAGCCUAUACCUCCCGCGCAGAGCUCGGAGAGGCAACAGCGCGCAUCAUGAUUCAGGGAGGAUACGAGAAUCAAACAGUACUAUUUACUGCCCAGGAGACCAUCACUGCUCGGGAGCUGGUUAAUAUCAUUAAUAAGACUACUGGUCGACAGAUCAAGCUUAAUCUGGUCUCGCGGGAGGAGUAUCUUGACUCAUGGCGGAAUGACCCUCGCGAGAAACCCAGGGAACAUUUUGAGAUGAUUGCAUCGGUAUGGGAUGAGAUUGUUAGCGGAGCGCUGCACACGACACAUCCCUUGUUAGGAGAGAUUUUGGGGAGGGAGCCUAAAAGUCCGAAGGAUUUCGUGAGCACCUUGCUGGAGGAGGACAGGGAGUAUGUUUUUGCAUACUAGAACAUCUGCUUUGGAUAUCGUAAUCGAGAGUAUUUAUGAGUGGUCUGCCUCAGGCAGGAAGACGAUAAUAAUAAGAUAUCUAUAUUGUAUCCGCAUGGAUAUGAUAUGGAUACUGUUUGCUGUCUGAUAUCCGCGGAUAUGCCGCAGUCUAGCUCCAGAUACCUUAUACUAUUUUAAUAUAAUAACUAGAGUGCCGCAAGCAG